AUGUUUCAAUUCUUGCCAAAAAUUCUCGAUCUCGUGUUACCGUUGAACCGAUCACGGCCCUGUCAACUCCUCGUAAUCGCGGAAUACUUCGUCAACAAGGAGAAGUACUUGUACGCUAUGAUACUGCACGAACUGGUGACCUUUUACAUAGGAAUAAACGCGCUGAUCGGCGUAGGCACGAUGAUGAUGGUGUACAUCAUACACGCGUGUGCAAUGUUCAAAAUCGCAAGGUUUCUGAACUAUUUGCAAUCUCUUUGUCAUAUGGCGUACGGUAUUCUAGUCGUGGUCGGUGUGUGUUCUCUGAUUAUCAAUCUUGUUCAAUUCUUCCAGGUGAUAAUGACGAACAACAUCGGCGAGAUAUUCACGUUCGGUCUUCUGAUAGUUCUUCACGUAAAUUACAUGUUCAUCGGUAGCUACGGCGGACAACAAAUCAUUGAUCAUGGAAUACAUUUUUUUAGAUCGUCUUACAACGGCAUGUGGUACGCGGCGCCGUUGCACGCGCAAAAAUUGCUGUUAUUCGUGAUGCAAAAAGGAAUGGUAAAUGUGAAUCUAACAGCGGCUGGUUUAUUCAUCGCGUCCUUUGAAUGUUUUGCCACGGUAGAAGAUCAUUAUUACACGAUAAAUAAACAUUGUUUGAAAGUGUUGGGUAUCUGGCCUCAUGACAAAUCACGCUUAAUAAUGUUGCAACGUGCGCUAAUUAGUCUCUUAAUUAUGUCAUAUAUUGGAAUGCAGUUAUUGUUGUUCACCACAACCGAGUACAGUAUGGAACUUUUCCUAAGAGUCUUGUCACUCAGCUUUGUUUUUGUUGUAAUAGCUGUGCAUUAUUUCACUUCUAUUCUCAAAGAAAAAGAUAUAAUAAAUUUGCACCAACAAAUUCGAGAAGAUUGGAACUUGAUGUGCGAUAAGAUAGAGAACGAUAUUAUGCGGCAGAAUGCUCACAAUGGCCAAAUUUUUAUUCAACUUCUAUUCCUAAUUCUCGUCUUUGCGCUUGUCGGUGCAGUCAUUCUACAGUUUAUUCCGAUUAUCUUCGAUGUUGUUUUUCCUCUGGACAAUCCUCGACCGCGCAAUCUGCUUAUUAUGGCGGAAUAUUUUGUUUUCACAAAUGAUCAUUUUUAUAUUAAAGUGCUACACGAACUCGUUUCCGUAACAGUAAGUUUCACGAUAGGAUACGCCACGGCAACACAAUUGUUAGGAUUUAUCUACCAUAUAUUCGGCAUGUUUAAAAUCGCCAGGUUUACCAAGACUCUCGAAACAUCAUUUGACAAGCCGCUUUCCAUUUUGGCUUUUCUCGGAGUUUCACUAUUGAGUCUCAAUUUGUACGGAGUUAUCAAUGUCGCAUUGUCCUAUGCCACGUUGUUGUACAACUGUCAGAGCAAGGAGUAA